CAUUCCAAUAUAUAUAUGUAGUAUCAUGAUGAAUUCAUACAUAAAUUAUUAGUGUAUAUAGCAUAUAUAUAUAUAUGUAUAAUAUUCCCUUAACUCAUCAUCAUCACUUAAUUUCUACAUGGAGAUCAUCACCCAACCUUCUUUAUUCCAAAUCCUCUUCUCCUUAGUUUUUCUGUUUAUGAUAGUAAUAAAUAUACUAUUGAAAAGAGCCCAAACCAACAACUCAACUUCAAAACUACCACCAGGGCCAUGGAGAUUACCUUUGGUGGGAAACAUGCACCAACUAAUCUCAUUAUUAGGCUCAAAAUCAUUAUUACCUCAUCAUACAUUUAGAGACUUAGCCCAAAAACAUGGACCACUCAUGUACCUCAAAAUUGGACAAAUUCCAACUCUAAUAGUUUCAUCACCAGAGUAUACUAAAGAGGUCUUGAGAACCCAUGAUCUUGUUUUUGCAUCAAGGCCUCAAACUCUUGCUGCAAAGAUCAUAGCAUAUGAUUGUACCAACCUUGCAUUUGCUCCAUAUGGUGAGUAUUGGAAACAACUAAGAAAGAUUUGUAUGAAAGAGCUUUUGAGUCCAGCUAGGGUUCAAACAUUUCAACCCAUUAGAGAAGAGGAGUUGUUUAAGCUUGUACAAGGGAUUGCUUCAAAUGUUGGGUUACCUAUGAAUAUUACUCAAAUGGUCAAAGCUUCAACAUAUAGCAUUACUUCUAGGGCUGCCUUUGGCAAGAAAAGUAGUGAUCAUGAUGAGUUCAUAUUGAUUGUGGAGGAAGCUCUCAAGGUAGCUGGAAGCUUUAGAUUUGGAGAGGUCUUUCCUUCUUUGAGUUUUCUUGAUUGGAUUACUAGGGUUAAGUAUGAGAGCUUUAAAUUAAGGUCUUCAAGGAUAAUGGAAGAUAUUAUCAAAGAGCAUAGAAAAGAGAAUGAAAAUAUUAUGUCAAGAGAGACAAAUGGAAAGAAGGAAGACUUGGUUGAUGUUCUUCUAAAGUUUCAUGAUAAGAAGAAUGGUGAUGAUGUUGGGUUCACAUUAACAAUUGACAAUAUCAAAGCUGUAAUUUGGGAUAUUUUUAUAGCUGGAAGUGAGACAUCAGCUUUAACUGUAGAUUGGGCUAUGGUAGAAAUGAUGAGAAAUCAAAGAGUGAUGAAAAAGGCUCAAGAUGAGGUUAGAGAAGUCUUUGGCAGAAAUGGGUCAAGAGAUGAAUCCUCAAUCAAUGAGAUGAAAUACUUGAAAUCACUUGUUAAAGAAACUCUAAGGUUACACCCUCCAGCUCCUUUAUUACUUCCAAGAGAAAGUAGAGAAAAAUGCAAAAUCAAUGGUUAUGAGAUACCUAAAAAAACUAGAAUGAUGAUAAAUAUUUGGGCGAUUGGAAGAGAUUCUAAAUAUUGGAUUGAACCUGAGAGUUUUAUACCAGAAAGAUUUGUUGGUAGCUCUAUUGAUUUCAAGGGUAGCAAUUUCGAGUUUAUUCCAUUUGGUGCUGGAAGAAGAAUAUGUCCAGGCAUGUCAUUUGGUAUCACCAAUGUUGAGCUUUCCCUUGCUUUGUUACUAUACCAUUUUGAUUGGAAACUGCCUAAUGGAAUGGAACCUAAAGAUUUAGAUAUGACUGAGUUUUCUGCCAUUACUUUAAGAAGAAAAGCUGAUUUGUAUUUGAUUCCUACUAAUUAUGUAUGAUAUUUCACACAUAGAAAAAUCACACAGGAUGAAGAUUUGUAUUUGAUUAAUGUAACUUAUGAAUUUGUAGUCUUUUGUAAUAAUUUACUGAUCACAUAUAUGUGUUAGAUUAUGUUUAGCUUUCUGUUAGUAAUUUUAAUUUACAUUCUUUGUGUGGCA